GGGCGUCGGUGCGGAGACGCUCCCCUCGCGGCUCCUGCUCCUCGCCCAGGCGCUGCUCCUGCUGCCCGCCGCCCGCGCUGGGCCCUGCCCCGCGCCCUGCGCCUGCCGCCCGCCGCUGCUGGACUGCAGCCGCCGGAGGCCGCCCGCGGCCGGCUGGGGUGCGCUGGCGGGCGCGCUGCCCCCCGGCGCUGCCGGCCUGGAUUUGAGUCAUAAUCGAUUGUCUAAUUGGAAUAUCAGCUUGGAGUCACAAACACUGCAGGAAGUGAAAAUGAAUUAUAAUGAACUAACUGAAAUUCCAUAUUUUGGAGAACCAACAACUAAUAUUACUCUACUUUCAUUAGUUCAUAACUUAAUCCCACAAAUAAAUGCAGAGGCAUUCCAGUUUUACCCUGCUCUUGAGAGUUUAGACCUCAGUUCCAAUAUAAUAUCAGAAAUCAAGACAUCUUCCUUCCCUCGAAUGCAGCUUAAGUACUUGAAUCUGAGUAAUAAUAGAAUAACCACUUUGGAGGCUGGUUGCUUUGAUAAUUUAUCAAGUUCCUUAUUAGUGGUAAAGUUAAAUAGGAACCGGAUUAGCAUGAUUCCACCUAAGAUCUUCAAGCUGCCCCACCUCCAGUUCUUGGAACUUAAAAGAAACCGGAUUAAAAUUGUGGAAGGUCUUACAUUCCAAGGGCUUGAUUCCUUAAGAUCUUUGAAAAUGCAGCGCAAUGGAAUUAGCAAACUUAAGGAUGGAGCAUUUUUUGGUUUGAAUAACAUGGAAGAACUAGAACUGGAACACAAUAACCUUACUGGAGUGAACAAAGGUUGGCUGUAUGGCUUGAGAAUGUUACAACAGUUAUAUGUGAGCCAGAAUGCUAUUGAAAGAAUCAGCCCUGACGCAUGGGAGUUCUGCCAAAGACUGUCUGAGCUAGAUUUGUCCUAUAACCAGCUGGCCCGUCUUGAAGAGUCUGCCUUUGUGGGUCUGAGCUUACUGGAGAGAUUGAAUUUGGGAGACAACAGAGUCACUCACAUUGCAGACGGUGCAUUUAGGUUUCUUUCUAAUCUUCAGACACUAGACUUAAGAAACAAUGAAAUUUCAUGGGCCAUUGAAGAUGCUAGUGAAGCCUUUGCAGGACUCACAAGUCUCACUGAAUUAAUCUUACAAGGAAAUCAGAUUAAGUCAAUUACAGAGAAAGCAUUUCUUGGCCUUGAGUCCCUUGAACAUUUAGAUUUGAACAACAAUGCUAUUAUGUCUAUCCAAGAAAGUGCUUUUUCUCAGACUCCCUUGAAAGAACUUGUUCUGAACACAAGCAGCCUGCUCUGUGAUUGUCAUUUGAAAUGGUUGCUUCCUUGGCUAGUUGACAACAACUUCCACCAUUCUGUAAAUGUGAGGUGUGCACACCCAGAAUGGCUCUCUGGGCAGAACAUACUGAAAGUGGACCUGAAAGACUUUGUCUGUGAUGAUUUUCUCAAGCCACAGAUAAGAACGCAUCCCGAAACCACAGUCGCCCUAAGGGGCGUUAACGUGACGCUGACCUGUGCCGCAGUGAGCAGCAGCGACUCACCCAUGUCUGUUAUGUGGCGCAAGGACGGUGAGAUCCUGUGUGAUGCGGACGUGGAGAAUUUUGUGCGCUAUCAGCAGCAAGCUGGGGAAGCUCUGGAGUACACCAGCGUCUUGCAUCUUCUUGGGGUGAACUUCACAGAGGAAGGAAGAUACCAGUGCAUUGUUACUAAUCACUUUGGCUCCAAUUACUCUCAGAAAGCUAAACUGACUAUAAAUGAGAUGCCAACUUUUCUGAAGAUGCCAAUGGAUUUAACUAUUCGCACUGGUGCCAUGGCCAGACUAGAAUGUGCUGCCGAGGGACACCCUGCCCCUCAGAUCUCCUGGCAGAAGGAUGGUGGUACUGACUUCCCUGCAGCCCGAGAAAGACGCAUGCACGUCAUGCCUGAGGACGAUGUUUUCUUCAUUGCCAAUGUGAAGAUAGAAGACAUGGGCAUCUACAGCUGUAUGGCACAGAACAUAGCAGGAGGCCUCUCAGCCAAUGCCUCGCUGACAGUGUUAGAAACACCUUCAUUCAUUCGUCCUCUGGAGGAUAAAACAGUGACCCGAGGUGAGACAGCGGUGUUACAGUGCAUAGCUGGAGGGAGCCCGGCCCCUCGCCUCAACUGGACGAAAGACGAUGGGCCACUGCUGGUCACCGAACGACACUUCUUUGCCGCGGCCAACCAACUUCUCAUCAUUGUAGACGCUGGGCAAGAGGACGCUGGGAAAUAUACCUGCAUUAUGUCUAACACCCUUGGGACAGAACGCGGCCAUAUUUACCUAAAUGUCAUUUCGUCCCUCAAUUGUGACUCUUCUCAGAACAGCCUUGGGCAUGAAGAUGAUGGCUGGACCACAGUUGGCAUUGUCAUCAUUGUUGUGGUGUGCUGCGUGGUGGGCACCUCCGUGAUCUGGGUCAUUGUUAUUUACCACAUGAGGAGGAAGAACGAAGACUAUAGCAUCACAAACACAGAGGAACUCAAUCUGCCUGCAGACAUUCCCAGCUACUUGUCCUCCCAAGGAACACUGUCGGAACCCCAGGAAGGCUACAGCAGCUCUGAGGCUGGCAGUCACCAGCAGCUCAUGCCUCCUGCCAAUGGGUUUGUACAUAAAAGCACUGACGGUGUCCCUGGUACCCGGGUAAUAUGCUCAGAUUGUUACGACAACGCCAACAUCUAUGCAAGGAACCGCGAAUACUGUCCCUAUUCCUUCGUUGCUGAGGAAGACGUUCUGGACCACUCUCUCUCCAGCCUCAUGGUGCAGAUGCCCAAGGAGAUAUUCCUGUCACUUCCUCCCCAAGAGGUCCCUGCCCUGGAGAGCCUGAUACCAUCCAUAGACAGAGAGCAGGCUGCCUUUCCCACCAACCACGAAAGGAUGAAUGAGAAGAAACUUCCCUCCGUGCAGAUGAGCAAUGGAACAGCGCAGCGGCCUCUGUGGAACAUAAACAGAGAACUAGGUCUACCUUCUCUCUCCUCCCCUCAGCCUCAUCCAAAGGAGGGUCUGGCGGAGAGGGUCCCUGACUGUUCAUCCUCCAUGCUGGCCCACAGGUUACACGAUUUCAGUAGGACUCGAGCCAUUCAAGAUGGUUGUGAGGGCACUUGAAGCCCUCUCCAGGAAGAGAAGGGUCAGAAACUUUAAUUAGUUUUGUAUUUACUACCUCUGCGUCCGGAAGGAACCCCAAGGUCAGCGCUGGUCUUACCUUUGUUUCUGACCACACAGUGUAGGUCUGGCCGUUGUGCGGGCUUAUUCCUGAUGAAGGGAGGGAGUGGCUGGUGGAUACAUGGAUCAAAGAGGAGUAUUCGGGCAAAUGUGCUUCCUGGUGGCUCCUGGGGUGUGCCCAGGUGUGCAUUGCCCACCAGAAAGAGCCCCAUUGCUGCUUGUCCCAGUUCUAGAAGGAUCCUGAGAAAACACUUCUACUUUGAUGUUCUCUUUGCCUUCCGAGAAACAAAAAUAACUUGGGAGCCCUCUCGAAGGCGAGUGUGACUGGAAUUGUUGAGAGGUUUUAAGCAGACAGUUCAGACAAGGCUUUGAUAUUCAAGGUCUGCAGCAAGAAUCCCAGGUUUGACCAGUUGAUACCAGGUCAAAGGUUUUGUAUUCCCUAUUGCCUAGGGAUGCUAUUGUAAAUAUAUGUGCAUUUAUAAAUAAUUUUUCUAUUCA